AUGGAAGGUAUUGCAAAUAUACGAGUGUAUUAUAACGGUGAGGUUAUACCGAACACAUACGAAGGAGUGACUUUUGUUUGUGAAUGUCCGUUUUCAUUUGCUAUUCCAUAUACCACGAGUUUUGUAGAGUUGCAAAAUGGUAUUUGUGUCAACAUACCAAGUCACAUUUCGAAAAAGGUGAGUUAUAUUUUGUACAGGAGUCCUGUACAAGUAUUUGGUGGGCUGAUACAGUUUCAAAUAAUGGCUAUCACUGACGAUGCAAGCAUGCAGAGGAUGUUCUGUAUUUAUCAACAAACCCGAUUUCAGGUGCCGCUAAUAGAGCUGUACGUUGAGUUUGAACAGCAUACGGGGGUGGACGAGUUUGACGAGGAGGUCAACAUUAACGAGUUUGGGGAUAUAGGCUGGGAGGAAGAUAACGACGACAGUGAAGAGGAGUUCGAAGCCAACUAUGAAGUCGAUGACGAAAACGAUGACGGAGAUCUGGCCGGCAAUCCGGCGGUGCCAAAUGAAGCGCAUGCUGUUAUAAGCCAGCAGUCGUUUGGUGUUCCGUCUUUUAUGCGGACUCUUGAUCUCGAAGCCAUGCAUGCCCCAGAAUUUCCUGAGUAUGCGAAUAUGGGUAUGUUAUAUUAUGGCAACGCUGCGGCCGAAGAUGGUGAAUUCAGUGUCGGAAUGGAAUUUGGCUCUAGAGAGUCGGUGAUAUCUGCAAUCAAAAGCUACACUAUCUCUAGAGGAGUUGAUUACACUGUGUAUGAGUUUGAGCCGCAGAAAUUCUAUGCGAAAUGCAAGGGUUAUGGUGCCGGGUGCGAUUGGCUUAUCUAA